AUGGCUGUAAAUAAAGAUGAAAAUGUUAUCAAAUUUUAUGGAAUCAGUUUAGAUCCUGAAAAAGAGACGUACUACUUAGUGUUGCAAAAUGCUAAAGAUGGUGACUUGAGGACAUAUUUACGAAAUAAUUUCAAAAAUACCGAUUCAAAUUCUAUUGUUGGUGGAAUGAUUGCAUACAAUGAUCCUGAAUAUUUACGACAUGCAAUGAAAUAUGAAAGAAAUAAACUUUCAGAUAUAUAUAGUCUAGGAGUUUUUUUCUGGGAGUUAUCAAGUGGAAGACCUCCAUUUAAAGAUUUACCAAAUUAUAUUAACAUAUAUUCAAGUGAAUGGGGAAAUGAUCCAAAUCGAAGGUCUACUAUUAAAAAUAUUUCUGAUUCUCUCGAAAAUAUAAAUUUAGAAAAUAUAUAUAACGAUUCUGAUGACAAUCAAGAUAUUCAAUUAGAAGCUUAUAUUAAUAAUCAAUCUCAAACUUCAAUUGAUGUAUUCAGUAGUGAUUCAUUGUAUAUUGAUUCUUCAUUUACUACGUCAAAUUGGGGAGAAGCUAUAGAAUCAUCUAUUCAUCUACCCACUUCCUUAUCCGCUUCUCUAUUCAUUUCCCUCAAUUCUAAUGACGUGGCGAAAGGCAAUCAAAUUGUAAAUUAUAAUUAUAAUGAUUUUAGAAAUCUUAAAAAUAUAGGAAAAGGGGUUCACAGUGCAAUUCUAAUGGAUGGAAAGAGAACAGUGGCUUUAAAAUCUAUAUUUGUUGCUACUACGGAAUUAUUUGUCAACGAACAUCCAGAGAACAUUUUUCUCCAUGAAAAUACUAUUAAGAUUAAUGAUUUUGGUAUUUCCAAGCUUAGGACUGGGCUUUUGAUCGAUUCCAAUAAUACAAUAGAAUAUUCGGAUCCAAUUCUUCUCAAAAAGAUGGACAAAUCUAGCAAAACUAAAGCUUCUGACGUAUAUAGUAUUGGGAUUUUGCUUUGGGAAAUAUCAAGUGGAAAAAUUCCAUAUAAAUCUAAAUUUCAGGAUAAAUUAGAUUUGAUAAAUUAUAUUUCACAGGGGAAUAGAGAAGAUCCAAUAAUUGGAACACCACCAAAUUAUAUUAAUAUCUAUCAAGAUUGUUGGAAUCAAGACCCAAAUCAACGUCCAAAUAUCGGGAAAGGCGUACAAGAUCUCGAAUGUGUGGAUUUAGCAGCUUUAGGACCUUCUAAUAUCAAAGAUGCUGUAAAACCUUUCGUCUCUUUGAUAUCUUCUGCAACCAUCUUAAUUAUACAAAUCAACAAGGAUUAUUACGCUUUGCGGUAUAACAAGAAUGUUUACGAUCCAUUUAUAGAUCGUUUUGAUUCAGCAAUGACUGAUUUGCAUUUUUCAAUGGCUGUGAUGGAAGCUGGACCAAGAAGCUCUCGGUUCUCACCUUAUAAAGAUAAUUUUCAAAAUAAUGAUCCUGAUGAAGUUAUAUUAAUUCUAGAACACCUAACUAUAUUGAAAAAAUUACGAGAUUCACCCUACAUUAUCAGAUUUCAUGGUCUUUCCAUUAUAGAAAACUCAAACGUUAUGGUAUUUGAAUGGGUUGAUUUCGGUUCGCUCAGAGAAUUGUAUUGUGAAUAUGACAUUGCGUGGCAUGCAAAAGUACGAAUUGCUUUUGAUAUUUGUCGUGGCCUUACAUUUUUGCAUUCUUGUGACAUUCUUCAUCAUGAUAUUCGAUGUGAAAAUAUUAUGAUAACUGCGGUCUGGUACCAAAAAUCGCAAAAUUUAUUUAUUCCUGUAUGGCAACUCCACCGACAUGAUGCGUGUAACAGAUGUUAUACGUUGGGUGGCUCCCGAAAAAUUGCGUAUACUUUCAAAUGUGAGAUUUUCAGUUUUGGUAUAUUACUCUGGGAACUUGUUUACAAAAAGUUCCCAUACGAAGAUUUGGAUGCAUCGAAGAUUAGAGAACAUGUAUUAGCUGGCAACAGAGAAAAAAUCACAUGGAGAAAGGCUCCACCAGAUGUUGAAAAACUUCAAAAAAGCUGGGCGAAAAUCAUUGUCUGCAAUUCGAGCAUCUCUUCAAAAUAUUUUUAUAAAUUUGGAUCAACUAGUGAACGUGCAAAAGCUUGGGAAUGUUUUUUAGUACAUACAGAUUUAGGUAAUGUAACUAAUGUAACUGCAAAAUAUUGGAAAGGUAUUGCUUGUGGGAAGGAAUUGAAGUUGAGAAAGAUCGUGAAUAAGCUACUAGAUUGUUUAAAGAAGCAAGCUGGUGAAGAAAUCGCGGAUGCUCAAUUACGUUAUGCAUUUUCAUUACUCAAUAAUCUGCCAGAUAAAAAUAGAUUAUCUAUUCUUUUUUGUACAAAUGUUUCAGGUUCUCAUAAAUUUAAAUCACUUGUAAUUGGAAAGUCACUUAAUUUUCGUUACUUUAAAAAUUUUAACAAAUCAGCUCUUCCAGUUAUUUAUCAUGCUAAUUUUAAAGCAUGGAUAUUAGAAAAAGAAGAUUCUGAUGUUUCCAGUAAAGAUGAUUCAGAAACAACUUUAAAAAAUGGUAAAAAAACAAUUUCAGAAAAUGAUAAAGAAGAAAUUAAAAAUCUUCUUGAAAAUUUACUUGAAAAGAAUAAUACACAAGAUUAUUUUCAAUUAGUUAAUGAUAAUAUUACUACUGAAGAAAAUCUUACUGAAGAACAAAUUAUUAAUUUAAUACAAUCUGAAGAAAAUAAAGAAAAAAGUAAUAGUGAUGAUAAAGAAAUAUCUCCAGUGUUAAUUAAAGAUGUAGUUAAUGGGUUGAAAACUUUUAUUAAAUAUUUUGAACAACAAAAUGAUAAUUCUGAAUUUAAUAUUAAUAAUUUGAAAAUUUUUUGA